GGCCACUCAUAUGAAGUGAUCACUCUUGAUUCCGUCGAAGCUGCAUGUCGGAGAAGUUAAAGUACUUCGGUUAACAAAUAAGGAUCCGAAACUGAUUUGAGGAAACUCAUACUUGUUUCUAAAGCCACUGCCGUGCUGGGUGAUGCGAGAACUCUCCAAGAGGAUACUCGGCUGCAGCAUUUAUGCGUGUGCAUUCAUCUGACGCCGAUUACAAACAGCCUAAAAUACACGGAACAGAGGAGACCGUCAGCAUCUCUUCAAAAACGCACACAGUUGGUUUUGUACGGAGCCAGUAGUGAUUGUACUUGGAAUUUCCCGAUAAAGAAUAUGCGCUUUUGUCAUCAGGCUUAGGAGAGAUACUUUUGGUUUUCGGGAUUAAACACUGUUUGUUCGUUUUUUUCCAUUGAGGCAAUCGAAUAGAGGUCGUCUACCCCAACAGCAUCAUCGACAGUUUCGAGUCGCAGAAGGAAUAUUUGACGUUUUUAAGUUUUUUCUUUUUUUUUUCUUUUUUUUUUGUGGUGGAAGUUCCGCAGUGACGGAAAAUGGGCAUUUGUGGUUAUUUUGUCGUACCCUGGAAAUGCCUUGUUGUCGUUGGGUUAAGACUGUUGUUCCUUGUACCUGCAGGAGUGCCAGCGAGGAGCGGGGAUUCUAUAUCAAAGGACAACAUCACGGUCCGACAGGGAGACAGCGCCGUGUUAAAAUGUACUGUCGACAGCAAGGUAUCGCGUGUGGCUUGGCUGAACCGCACUACGAUUCUGUUUGCCGGGAGAGAGAAGUGGUCUCUGGACCCUCGGGUGGUGCUGAUGGAGAACACGGCUGUCACCGAGUACAGCAUCCAGAUCAUGAACGUGAACGUUCACGACGAGGGCCCUUAUGCCUGCUCGGUUCUCACCAACAAGAAACCCAAAUCCUCCAAAGUUCACCUGAUCGUCCAAGUACCUGCUAAGAUCACAAACAUAUCAACAGACGUCACGGUUAAUGAAGGCAGCGAUGUUACCCUGAUGUGCUUGGCAGUUGGUCGUCCAGAACCCAACAUUAUCUGGAAACAUCAUUCUGCAAAAGGACAUAUGUUUGUCAACGAGGGAGAAGUGGUGGAUUUGAAAGCGGUGACCAAGGAGCAGUCGGGGCGUUAUGAAUGCAUCUCCUCCAACGACAUCUCUUCCCCUGAUGUGAGGACUGUCCAAGUUAUCGUCAACUAUCCACCCACGAUUUCCAAGGCCAAAAGUACAGGAGCCCCUGUGGGACAAAAAGGAGUAUUACAGUGUGAGGCCUCGGCUGUGCCGAGAGCGGAUUUUGAGUGGUACAAGGAGGAAAGGAGGCUCUCCAAUGGACUAGAUGGGGUGAAGAUCGAGAACCAGGGUAAACAAACCAUGCUGAUUUUCUUUAACAUAUCAGAAGAAGACUAUGGAAACUACACGUGUGUUGCGAGGAACACGAUGGGAAUCACUAACGCCAGCAUCAUCCUCUACGGCCCUGGAGCCAUGCAUGACGUCAACAAGGCCGCCCUGUUCCCCCCCUGCUCUCUAUGCCUCCUGCUGACUGUUGCGUUGUUGUACCUGCUCAAGUUUUGACACACCAACCUCAAGUUUGUCAGUGUGUGGAUCCGCCACAGACAUGAACUUUUAGUCCCGAUAAGAAGACAGGAAAUCGCGAGAACACCUUUGGUUUGCACUUUUCUUUCUUUUCAGCUCUGCGUCUGAUUUUGGAGGGGCGGACGAUGAGCCGUUGCCAGGGGUGAGGGUGGGCUGGUAACUAAGGGAGCAGCUGUAAUAGGAGGUUUGUUUCCUAACGUUUUUGUAUGUUUGAAGGGAAGACAGGAAAAAAAAAAGUGAUGUACUUCAUAGUUGAAUGAUUUUUGCCCGAUAUUGAGGUGUAAAUUCAGAUUACUGGUGUGUCAUGUCCUGUUAAAUAUCUGUAAUAUACCAUGUUUUUUUUAUUAUGUUGACAAAAUAUGGAAAAAAUGCAAUGUGAUUGUUAAAUUUUACUGUAUUUUUACAGUUGUAUGCAACAAAGUAACAACCCCAUUCACUAUAAACAAUGUUAUGUAAAGAAUAGUACUAUCAUUUUAGGCAAAAUCAUGCAGCAGUGACUACUGUGUUUCCAAUGUUAAAACUGCUAAAGGCACUAAUCAGACAUUAGUCACAAGUAGACAUUUUUGAGGCAGUAUCACCAUGAACAGCCUAGCUAAAGACAAAUGGUUUUAAAGUAAGUGUUGGGACAUACUAAGCAAGCUGAUGGUAUAAAUGGAGUAAUAGAAGUAAAAGUAGGCAUUUUCCAUGUGUUUAUCGUACUAAUUGAUCUGAAAAAGUAUUGAUAUGAUCAUGAUUUCAUGUCUGUCCUUGAUUUAGGGUCACUGUAGGGCACCAAGAUCUCAGCUUUUGUCAAAACAUGUUAUUCUGGCUUUAACUAGCACUGAUUUGUAUUUUAUUUAUUUAAAAAGAAAGAAAAAAAACUUAAGGGUUGGUGAAUACAACAUCAGAAAAGUUAAAUUUUCAGUGUGUGUUAAAGCUAUGCCAUCCGUUUCAAAAGUGUUAUUUUGACACGUGAAAUGUAGUGUGAGACGCUCCUAUUUUUGGUAAAUUCUUUAUUCACAUUGUCUUUAUUUAUUUAUUUCCCCUCUGCCAGUCCUUCUUUUCAAAGUUUAUUUUUGCUGUCAAUCAUUUUAGCAAAUUCCAUAUAAAGCCUUCUAGUAUGUCCCCCAUCUACAUUAAAUGCACAAGCAAAUUAUUCGACUACUUCUAACCUCUCUCCCUAUGAACAAGAACAAAUCAAAACUGUAGCUGGUUUGAUUUAAGCAGCAAUGUUCACUUUGUACUCAGCACUAAAUUACAGCAUAUAAAUAUGAGCUUGUACUUUUUAUUGUUGUUCAGAUGUGAUCUUUGUAAUGACACCUAUGUUUUGCAAAACCUGAUGAACUGUAUUACUUGUAAUCGAAAGCUAGGGAUUCACCCUAGACUUCUGUAUUGAUCAGAGAUUGUUGGAAAUGCUAUUGAUGUCAGUAAGUUUGAGUCAUUUCAUUGUUUUAAUCCCCUAUUAAAAUGUUUUAAUCCCCUAUUAAAAUGUUAAUGGUACCAGAGUAUUUUAGCUACUUUAUAUCUUUGUAUUUGGUUAACCUUUACAUUAAGUGUACAUCAACUACCAUGCGCUGUGACGGUUGAUGCCAUUAACUAUGUUGAUUGGAUUAGAGCGUGUAUAAAUCACACAUAUUUUAAAAUGUGAUAAAGUUACAUAAAACACACUGAUGUUUCGAUCAUGGUACGUAAACUGAAUAAGCGGCCCAGCAUUGUUGACAAAUACGAAAUUUAGUUUGGAACACGACAUGUUAGAUUAAAAAAGCAUUUGGGAAAAUAUAAAGACUGAAAAGUUGUAUUGUAGCCUACUUGAAACGUGAACGCAUUUAUCAAAUGUGUAUAACAGGCUGCGAGUUGGUGAGAAAAACACUAAACUGUUAUGCCAAAUGUUGCCUAUUUAAGCAGCAACUGGCGGCUCUAUAUUUCGGACGGGCCACAAAAAUUGCAUUAAUUUGAAUCCUGAAAGACUCCACGCAUAACUCUGUUGACUAUUUUGUUUUACAAUGUUUUACAUUUGUAUGCGCUGUAAAAACGUUGUUCGUGUAAAUAAAUAACCUGUGAUUUCUGAAAUCACACACUGAAAAUGAUCGUUCACAAGUCGUAACAAAGGGGAUCGCCUCUUUGUCCUCUUGGCUGUAACUUGUGAACGAUCAUUUACCUCAAAAUAUGAAAAUUUGAACCCUCUAGUCUAAUAGAUACAUUACCAUUUUCCAUCUUGUUUAUUGAUUUGGAGUGUUGUUUGAUGCAAGUCAUUUUUGGUUGAUGACGCACUUUGC